AAACAUAACAGUCGAAAUGAUAACUGUUUGACUAUCGAUGGUAUACAGUGAUAAAACUAUUAAUGACAAAAAAUAAACUUUUUAGUACAGACAAAUUAUAAAAACAUUUUUUAGUUUAAAAUAAUUUUUCAACCGUUGUUACAUAAAAAUUACGUUGUCACGCUAAAUUUGUCAAAAAUGUUUUAUGAAGAAUUUCGUCUUUCGCUAGUUUGUUUGAUGGUACAAAACGAGUAGAUUUAAGAGACGUUAAUAUAAAUCGCAGAAAAAAUGGUGGUUUUAGUACUUUUACCAAGUUUAACGAUAAUACGAUAUAACUUCGAUGAAUAUGAAAAUUAAAUAUCUUUAAGCAAAAAAGAUACUUUUGGACAUUUCUAAGAAGGAAAAGCAAGAAAAUUGAUUGGUUUAUAUUACCAUAGAUAAGGACUGUUUAUUGAAUAUUAUUAAAUUAGAUGGCUGUUAAAAAAAACGAUAAUCAACCUUUAAAGGAAAAUGAAGAAUUUGCAAAACAUAAUCAUAAUUAUAUGGUAUUUGAAGUUGGUCUGCAUGGAUGGAAAAAGUGUUUUCUAUUUAUAGUUAUUCUUACGACACUAAUUUUAGCUCUGAUAAACACAGCGCUUAUUGUAUGGAUAAUAAGAGUUCAAGAUUUUGGGCUGAAUGGUAUGGGGAAACUUCGCAUUUCAAGUAAUGGUUUAAGAAUGGAUGGCACAGCCGAAUUCAUGGCUCAUUUAAGAUCAAAAUAUAUAUCAUCAAGAAACGACGCACCUCUCCGAAUAAAUUCUCGAAGAAACAUUUCACUUAGUGCAAUCGAUCUGCAAAAUAAUGUCGUUGGACAAAUAACGUUAAGUAGCAAAGCAAUCAUAAUGAAAAACAAAGAACUGCAUAUACAAGAUCAAAACGGACGAACGCUUCUCUAUGCAGAUGACAAAAAAAUAAAAAUGGACUUAGACAACGUAAAGUUUAUAGUUCCUGGUGGUUUAAAUUUUGAAAAUUCAGUAAAAACAUCAGAAGUGCGAGCAAGUGAGUUUAACGACCUGCGCUUAGAGUCUUUAACAAAAAAGAUUUACAUAAAUGCAGCCGAUGGUGUUGAUAUAAACUCUCACGGAAGCGACAUCAGUUUAAACAGCCUAAUGGAUACAAAAAUAAUUUCACAAAAAGGAACGAUUGUUUUCGAUUCUGAAAAAAUACAGUUCAAAAAUUUACGUCAUUCAAGUUUAAUAAAUCCUCUUGCAGCGGAGGUGUAUGGUGAUAUUGCUGAAGUUUGUAUGUGCAAAGACGGUACUUUAUUUUUAGCUCCCCCGGAUUCAAAUAAACCUUGCAAAGUCACAAGUGGUGUUUGUGGCAUAUAAAAUAGACAUUAUCAAAUGUUUUUCUUUUAAUGAAGCCUGUAUCAGGUCAAUUCAACGCGGACUUUCCCGUUUAUUUUUCAGUUUUACUGACUCGAUUUUCAAAGAUAUAAAAUUUGCGGCAACUGUAAAAAGUAUUAAAAUAUAUAUUUUGUAUAUAUUGCAUAAGAUUAUUUUUGAAAAUUA